GAAGCAGAUAGACAAAAUUGGCGAGAUGAGCGAUAGUAAAUCUGAUGGUACGUCCAACAAUUUGUUGGAGAGGAGCGAUUCGCUAACACCACCGGAAACACCAUUAGCCAACAGAGUUAGAAAUCAGUUAAGGAAUCUACGAAAAGCUUUACGGGAGAGUGUUAAUGAAACCUGUAACUCAGCAAUGAAUGCUGCUGGAAAAUUUCGCAGACCAAGCAGAGAAUCGAGUCCGAAUCCACUGCAAAACUUUCGACAAAGGGCUGGUUCAAAGGAUAUUUUUAAUUGUCCUGGAUGCUCUAAACCUCUGGCUCAACCAAAACUUCUUCCAUGUGCUCAUACUAUAUGCCAUCAAUGUUUAAAAACACUUGCUGAACAAACUGAAUUCAAAUGUCCAGUUUGCAAGAUGAACGUUCCUCCGGGAAGUUUCGAAGAGAAUCAUAUUGUACAAAGUCUUUUAGAUAUGUAUAAGAAAGUUAUUGGCGAAGGAGGUCAAUGUUCUAAUGAAGGCCUCGUGACUGGUACGCACGGUACCGCUGUGUCAAUCUGUCUGCAAUGCAGAGAGGAUUUGUGUGAUCAAUGUUCUCAGCAUCACACUCAAACUUCCAUAACUGCUUCUCACGAUGUCAUCCAACAUUCAAAAUUGAAUGCAGGCCAUUUUAGAGCAUUACAAAGAGAGAGAAGGAUGUUUUGUACAUUUCAUAAGGGCAAGGUUCUUGAUAUAUUUUGCAGGAACUGCAAAGAGUGCGUGUGCUCACAAUGCUUGGUUGGAGAACAUCAAAAGCACGAAUGUACUUCGAUAGAAGAGGCCGCUGAAAUAGAAAGAGGCAAAAUAAAAGAGGCGUUGUUACUUGAAGAAACAAAUGUAUCCGAAGCAUCAGUAGCUUUAGCCAGGGCUAAUGAUGAUCUAAAGAAAGAGAUGACCACAAAUUUAAGCCAGGUUGAACAAAUGGUAGAUUCUGUUGCAGAUGAGCUGAUUCAUACCUUUUCGAGAAGUGUCAAUAACAAGAGAAGAGAAUUGCUAUUCGUGAUAAAUAACUUUGAAAAGGAACAGAAAAGCCUUCUAAAGAAGCAUAAAAAUUCUUUAUUAGCUCACCACACGGCUGUUAAGAGUAUGCAGGAUUUAACAAGCUUAAUUUAUCAGCAUGGCAGCGCUGUAGAGAUAAUGAAACAUUCGGAAAAUCUACAACAAAAAGCUACUGAACUAAGAGAUCAAGGUUCACAGCUUAAGGAUGAAACUUGGAGGAGAAAAGUUCUAUUUUGUCAAGUGGAGGGAGAAUAUGUUCCAAAGCCCAAUUUAAUCGGUUCAAUAACUCAGGAUAAGUAUCCUAGCCCAAAUAGUUGA